AUGUGGGACGUCGUCCGCUCCUUCACUUUCCCGCUGCCGCCGUCGCUGCUGGCCUCCGCCAUGCCGGCCAUCACCGCCACUUCCCAUGCCAUCGGCGGUUUCAACGAGACCCUCGGAAGCCACGUGAAAUACUCCAAAUUCUCAGAAACCGGCGAGCAGCUCGGCCCCAAGGUGCGCAGCAAGCUCGGCAUGGUGGCGGUUUACUCACCGUCUCUCGCGGCGGCGGUGGCGGCCCUCGCGCUCCCCGCCGUGAGGGAGGCGCCCGGCGCCGCACUGGUGGUGGCGAUGCUGAGCCUACACUUCUUCAAGAGACUCCUCGAGGUACAUCUUCCUCCUCAGAUUUCCAGGGUUUCGCAUCCACUCCUGAUCCCGACCUGUUCCCUCUUCUUCCGCAGAGCUUAUUCCUCCACCGGUACAGCGGAACCAUGGCCCUGGAAUCCGUCGCCACCAUCUCGUUCUGUUACCUCAUCAACACUUCGUUCAUCAUCUACACGCAGUACCUCACGCUGGGCACGGCACCGCCGCCGGUGGACCUGAAGCCCGCCGGCCUCGCCCUCUUCGCGGUGGGGAUCUGCGGCAACCUGUACCACCAUGUCCUCCUCCGCAGGUUCAGGAAGGAGGGGGAGGGCGGGUACAAGAUCCCCCGGGGAGGACUCUUCGGGCUCGUGACUUGCCCUCACUACCUGUUCGAGAUCAUGGUGUUCGCCGGCAUCGCUUGCGCCUCCCAGACGGUCUGCUCCUUCUGUGUCAUGGUGGGCACCGCCUUCUACCUCAUGGGCAGGAGCUGGGCAACCAGGAAGUGGUACCUCUCCAAGUUCGAGGACUACCCCAGAGAAGUCAAGGCCCUCAUUCCCUUCAUAUUCUAG